AUGUUUGGCCCAUUCAGAGCAACUAGUGUGAACUUCAGUGGUCUUCUAUGGAAGAGACCAUGGAGACUAUCGAGUCACCAAAAGAGAAGACAAAGAUUCAGAAUGAGGACAGUUGAUUCCAAUAUUGAAGCACUCUAUGAAGGGUUGACUGCCAAUGGCAUGUCUGCGAAGAAGAUCACAGACUUGAAGUUCAACUUCCCGAAGGAAUCUGAAAUGGCACCAAGAGACAAGUACACAGUUUUCAACAAACAUGCUCGUGGAUACAGAAAGGGAGUACAUUUUGUUCCUAAAUGGACCAAAUUGUCCUUAAGAGAGAAUCCAGAAAACUUCUAG